UGACAUGCAUCAAAAAAAUAUUUUGCUUAAUGUAAUAGACAGUAAUUCUCGCGCAUUUUCAAAUCUUCUUAAUACAAAUUAUUUAAAAAAAUUGCAUCGGUCGCUGAUAUGUCAAAGUUAUCGCGUCGAGUUGAGAACAAUAUGUAAAUUUACAAAAUCUGUGGAAUCAGCUAAAAACACGAAAUUAAACAAUAGAGAAUAAAUUCGAAGAUAUAGUUUGAAAACAAAACCCAUAACGUCCAUUCGAAGCGACAUUAAUGUUCAAAUAUAAAUAAAUAAAUCUGUGUACACAAUAAUUUUAAAUCGCAGAAAUGCCACGAAAACGCAAAAACAGAUUGAACAGUCGUCCGUCAACAGCACCAUGGACAUUUGCCCCCACAUCACUGCCCGUAUCGGAUUCGGCAACUGCUAACACGUUCUUGCCUGACACAGUGGAAGAUGCAAAUGCUGAUUACGUAUUUGCAGGUGCCGAAUCUACUGCAGGUGAAAUUGAUGAAAACUUUGCUGAAUUAAAUAACGAAGAAGAAUUCCAUAACGAUGUUAAUAUUUUAAACGAACAUGAUUACUCAUAUCAUGAAUUCGAGACGAUUGCACCACCAUCCUAUUUAUUAUUAAAUUUGUAUGAGCUAUCCAGUUAUACAGCAAUGGAGAACGGUAGCGGUAGUGUGGCAGGGAGUGGUACCUCCAUUGAAAAAAUGUACCAAAAGAAAUCUCAAUUAGAACAUAUUCUCUUGCGUCCGGAUACUUAUAUCGGUUCAGUGGAGCACGUUACCGAAACCAUGUGGGUAUAUAAUGAGGAAAAGAAUCGUAUGAUACAGCGACAAGUCACCUAUGUACCCGGUCUGUACAAGAUCUUCGAUGAAAUUCUUGUGAAUGCCGCCGAUAAUAAGCAACGCGACAAAUCUAUGAGUACAAUUAAAAUCGAUAUUGAUGCCGAAAAGAAUUCAAUAUCGAUUUGGAAUAAUGGACAAGGUAUACCAGUCACCAUUCAUAAGGAACAUAAGAUGUAUGUGCCGGAGAUGAUCUUUGGUCAUCUUUUAACUUCGUCUAACUACAAUGAUGAUGAGAAAAAAGUGACUGGCGGUCGUAAUGGUUAUGGCGCCAAGUUGUGUAACAUUUUUUCAAGUAGUUUCAUGUUGGAAACGGCAACUAAGGAAUACAAGAAAAGUUUUAAACAAAUCUGGGCUAACAACAUGUCGAAAACCACGCCGCCAAAGAUUAAAGAAUUUGCUGGCUCCGAUUUUACAAAAAUUACUUUCAGUCCAGACUUGACUAAGUUUAAAAUGGAUCGCCUCGACGAAGAUAUUGUUGCGCUUAUGAGUCGUCGAGCUUAUGAUAUUGCUGCUGCGACAAAGGGUGUUGUUGUAUUUUUAAAUGGCAAAAAGUUGCCGGUAAAGAAUUUCAAGGAUUACAUUGACUUAUAUGUAAAAAAUAGUGAAGACUCAGGACAAACCGUUAAAAUUGUUUACGAACAAGCUGGUGAACGUUGGGAGGUCGCUUGCUGUCCUUCAGAAAAUAAUUUCCAACAGGUGUCGUUUGUUAAUUCGAUUGCAACCACAAAAGGUGGUCGGCAUGUGGACUAUGUGGUGGACAUGAUAAUUAAACAGUUGAUCGAAGUUGUAAAGAAGAAAAACAAAGGUGGUAUUAACAUAAAACCCUUCCAAGUACGAAAUCAUAUAUGGGUAUUCGUCAAUUGUCUUAUCGAAAAUCCGACGUUCGAUUCGCAAACAAAAGAAAACAUGACAUUGCAAGCCAAGAGCUUUGGUUCGAAAUGUGCACUCUCGGAGAAAUUCAUUGCAAAUGUUUCGAAGUCUGGCAUUGUGGAAGCCGUAUUAUCAUGGGCCAAAUUUAAGGCGCAGAGUGAAAUUGAUAAGAAGGGUGGUAAAAAGUCGUCGAAAAUAAAGAAUUUACCAAAACUCGAAGAUGCUAACGAGGCGGGCAAAUCAAAUUCAUACUUAUGUACGCUCAUUUUAACGGAGGGAGACUCAGCCAAGUCAUUGGCUGUGUCCGGUCUUGGUGUCAUCGGACGUGAUUUGUAUGGUGUAUUUCCAUUGCGUGGUAAACUUUUAAAUGUGCGCGAAGCUUCUUUCAAACAGCUGGCUGAAAAUGCUGAAAUCAAUAAUCUAGUAAAGAUUAUUGGCUUGCAAUACAAGAAGAAAUAUAACACAAUGGAGGAUUUGAAAACUUUACGUUAUGGCAAAGUUAUGAUUAUGACUGAUCAGGAUCAGGACGGUUCACAUAUAAAAGGACUACUCAUCAAUUUUAUACAUACAAACUGGCCAGAACUAUUACGAUUACCCUUCCUCGAAGAGUUUAUUACACCCAUUGUUAAAGCGUCUAAGAAAAAUGAAGUACUCUCCUUCUAUUCACUACCCGAGUUCGAGGAAUGGAAGAAUGAUACACCAAACAAUCAUACGUACAAUAUCAAAUACUACAAAGGUUUGGGUACCUCCACUUCUAAGGAGGCUAAAGAAUAUUUCCAAGACAUGGAACGUCAUCGCAUAACAUUCAAGUACGAUGGUAGUGUGGAUGAUGAUGCCAUUGUUAUGGCUUUCUCUAAAAAGCACGUGGAUGCACGUAAAGAAUGGCUAACAUCGCAUAUGGACGAGGUGAAACGCAGAAAGGUGCUUGGUCUACCCGAACGUUAUUUGUACACCAAAGGCACCAAACACAUUACAUACUCGGACUUUGUUAAUCUCGAAUUGGUGCUCUUCUCCAAUGCCGACAAUGUGCGUUCUAUACCAUGUCUCGUGGAUGGUUUUAAGCCUGGCCAACGCAAAGUUAUGUUCACCUGUUUCAAGCGUAACGACAAACGUGAAGUGAAAGUUGCGCAAUUGUCUGGUUCUGUGGCUGAAAUGUCCGCCUACCAUCAUGGAGAGAUGUCACUGCAGGCCACCAUAGUCAAUUUGGCGCAAAACUAUGUUGGCUCAAAUAAUAUUAAUUUACUCGAGCCGCGUGGUCAGUUCGGUACGCGUCUACAGGGUGGUAAAGAUUGUGCGAGCGCUCGUUAUAUUUUCACUUUAAUGUCGCCAUUAACGAGACUCAUAUUCCACCCUGCCGAUGAUCCAUUGCUCACAUACGAAGUUGAUGAUGGCCAAAAGAUUGAACCCCAGUGGUAUAUACCGAUUAUACCAAUGGUUUUAGUGAAUGGUGCUGAUGGUAUUGGCACCGGUUGGUCCACCAAAAUUUACAAUCACAAUCCGCGCGAUAUUAUACAGAAUAUACGUAGAAUGCUGGCUAAUGAGGAACCCUUGCCAAUGCAUCCAUGGUAUAAAAAUUUCAAAGGCACUAUUGACUAUGUUUCUGAUGGCCGUUAUAUUUCCUCUGGCAAUAUACAAAUUGUGCAAAAUAAUAAAAUUGAAAUCUCUGAACUGCCAGUGGGCACAUGGACGCAAGCGUACAAGGAGAGCGUACUAGAUGCACUUUCUAACGGCGAAAAGGGUAAGGCGGUUGUUGCCGAUUAUCGCGAGUAUCAUACUGAUACCACAGUGCGUUUCGUUGUUACAUUCACCCCUGGCGAAUUCGAGCGUUUACAAGCUGAAGAUGGCGGUUUCCAUCGCGCUUUCAAAUUAACCUCUUCCAUGUCGACGAACCAAAUGCAUUCCUUCGACCAAAAUAAUUGCUUACGGCGUUUCCCUACAUCCAUCGAUAUUAUGAAGGAAUACUUCCCAGUACGUCUAGAUUUCUAUGCAAGACGCAAAGAGUACCUAAUCGGUCAAUUGACAGCGCAGGCUGAUCGUUUGACCGAUCAGGCACGCUUUAUCAUGGAAAAAUGUGAUCGUACCAUAGUGGUGGAAAAUAAGAAACGUAAGACGAUGAUCGAUGAACUGAUCAAGCGCGGCUAUAGACCCGAUCCAGUUAAGGAAUGGCAACGACGUAUAAAUAUGGAAGAAGAAGAGGAGGCCGAUGAGGAAGACGAGGAGCAACUUGAUGAAACUGCAAGCAGUUCGACAGUGAAGAAGGAGAAAAAGGCGGUGGAUCCGGAGAAGGCUUUCAAUAAGUUGACUGAUGUCAAGAAAUUCGAUUAUCUGUUGGGCAUGUCCAUGUGGAUGCUUACCGAGGAGAAGAAGAAUGAAUUGUUGAAACAACGCGAUGUAAAGUUAGCAGAGCUUGCAGCGCUUAAAGCUAAGACUAUUGAAACCUUGUGGUUAGAUGAUUUGGAUGAUUUUGAAAAGAAACUCAAUGAAUUAGAGGAGCGUGAACGACUUGAAGAGUUGGGCAUCAACAAAAAGCAGGCAAAGGCAUUAACUGCUAAAGCUAAAGCGCUCACUGGUGCGUUGAAGAAGCGUGCUGCUAAGGAUGGCAAUGAAAACAUUUUCCCCGAUCCAAAUGGCGUUAAAAUUGAAUUCAAGGUUACCGAGGAGAUAAUGAAAAAGAUAUCAACUGCAGUGGCACUUGCCGCCAGACCAAAGGUUAAGAAGGAGAAAGUCGAAAAGGCGACAGCUAAGGGUGUCAAGACCGAAGAGGCAGAUGAAUUUGAUGCAAUAGUUGAAGGUGGUGCAAAAGGACCUAAAGGUUCACCGGAUGCUUUGAAAAAGACUAAAGCUAAGGCCGCAGGCGCUGAUGGUGAUGGCGAAAAGAAGAAGCGUGUACGUAAACCCAAAGAUGGUUUAAAACAAUCGAAAUUAAACUUCGGCAAAGGCCGUAAAAAGAAACAAAACUCUUCCGAUGAAGAUGAUGAUUUGGCAUCUGGUAGUGAUGUUGAGAUGCAUGUCGAAGUAGCACCACGUGCUGAUCGACCGGGUCGUCGAGCAACUGCCAAGAAAAUUAAUUACUCUGGCUUGCUCGAUAGCGAAGCAGAAAAGAGUAGCGACGGUGAGCUGGAGUUCAGAGAUAAUGAUGGUGUCAAAGAAGACUCGUAUCAGCAGGUGGCACAUAUGUCUGAUGGUGAAAAUGGCAGUGAUGCGGAUGCAGCCAAUGGUAGCAGCGCGUUUAUAGUCAGCGAUUCGGAUGCCACACCAAUUAAAAAGAAGCCAACAGCGAAACGUCCACGCAAGAAGGCAAUGACAAGUGAUAGUGAUAGUGACAAAAAGAAAAAGAAGAAGAGAAAGGCUGCUUCCGAAAGCGAUGAUGACGAUUCAGAUUUUGAAUGUUAAGCAUUUCCAAUCACAUGAAUUAUAUAUAACAAAAAGAAUCAGACUUGGUGUGCAAAAGAGUCUGCAUCUAAUAUAAAAUGUGAGAUCAAAAGCGAUAUAGAACUAAGAAAUUGGAGAGGAAGCAAAGUUAUCAGUAACCAACUAUAAUCCACAUUAUAACUAAAAAAACAUUCAUGUUGAAUCAAACGCCUCUAUUCAUAUUCUAUGCCCACCGUAUAUCCACAACAACUUGCACAUUCAUUCCAUCAGCAGUACAUGAUAAAAGGAAAAAUGGAAAUCGCAGUACAACGUGUAUACGAUAUCGCAUUUCGUCACAAUUCAAAUCCUUGUUGAUUACGUUGUGUUUUCGGAUAUCAAAUACUAUAGUUUUAAUUUAGUCCAUUAAUCAUAGUUCAACACACACAUACACACACACUCUGGCAUAGCUUAUCGGCCUGCAUGCCAGAUUUUUAUGAUUUUAACCUUUUUAACAUAUUAAUAUUGGUUACUACUUUGUUCGUAUUUAAUUGUCAAUACCUAUUUCAAUAAUAAUUGUAGUCGACGGCUAUUAUAUAUAAUAUUUAA